AUGCUUCACUACAAGAAAACAUUGCAACGCAUCAGCACAACUACAAACCCAAUGCCAUUAUCAGCUACUCUAAGAAAGGCAGGCGUCACAUAUGCCCAAUAUCUAUGCGUCGCCUCCAGGACUCUACGUGCCUCCUUGAAGACAGAAUUGCAGACCCCUGUUGUCAUGGCAAGAUCAAACACCGAUGCUUACUAUACCAAGUACGAGAAGGGCUCUCCAAUAGCGGACCCUGCCCCUUUGCAAACUUCUAGAGAUUAG